AUGGCCACGGGAUCAGGACAGCAACCUGUACCGAUAACUGUUGUAACUGAAACCAGAAACUUGAAGAGUCAACCAUUUACUCACCCUGAUGACCAAAUAUCAACUGGAAAAGCUUGGGAAGAAUGGCUAGAGGGCAUAGAGAGAGAAUUUCGCUACUUCAAAAUUAGCAGCCCCAUCGACAAAAAGGAUGCCCUGAUCAUUUAUGGUGGCAAAGAAAUCGCCAGACUGGAGAAAAGCUUACCCAAUCCGGGGGAUGUGGAUGAUGUUUAUGAGAAACUGAAGACAAAACUAAACAGUUACUAUACCCCAAAGAAAAAUAAACAUCAUGCCAGAUACCUGUUCCUGAAGAUGAGACCCACACCCCAAGAAACCACCAUGGCUUAUGCAGCUAGGCUAAGGGAAAAGGCCAUUCAAUGUGAGUUUGGAGACACUCGUGAUGACCGAAUUCUAGAGCACCUGAUCCAAACCAUAACAAGCAAAUCCCUCAUCCAGAAAGCCAUUAACAAGAAGUGGUCGCUGACACAAAUGUUAACAGAGGCCGCACAGAUAGAGGAUACGUCCUUGCAGAUAAGCAGCAUGAGACCCCCUGAUGACGGAGCAAGCAAUGUGGCCAAGGUGGGAUAUCAGCAAUCAUCACGACAGAAGAAAUCCACCGGUGGGCAUUAUGGAAAGCCCAAAUUCCAUAAAUCACCACCGUGCGCAUACUGUGGACUGACCGGCACCCACCCACAAGGCAAAAACUGCCCGGCCUACGGCAAGAAAUGCAACAAAUGCCAGAAGUGGAAUCACUUUGCAUCCGUUUGCCGAACCGACCGACUCCGUGCAGAAAGCAGAGGCCCGCCCAGUCAGCCUGUCCCCCCAAAAUAUGCCAAACCCAAGCAGCGUGGGAAUCACGUAAAGAAGACGAGCAUGGAAGAAGACGAUCAAACUUCUUCUGAUGACGAAUUCUUUGACCAGGCAGUCAAACACCUGAAGCAAGUGCGGAGAAUCGCAAAAACCGUCCAUGACGACAGCACAGUCACAGUCCGCAUUGACGACGUUGAUGUACGGAUUGAGCCAGACAGCGGAGCAGAGGUAAACAUCAUGGAUGAACACCAACACAAGGCACUGCAGCACAGAUCGAGCAAUCCACAAUCACUACAGGCAAGCCAUAUCAAACUACACACCUUGCAGAGUGACUUACCUGUAAAAGGGGAGUUUCGGACGAUCGUCAGAAAUGACACACGUGGAGCAGCAACAAAGUUUGUUGUUGUCAAAGGCAGAAUUAACUCGCCUCCACUUAUCAGCAAAAACACCCUCAUUGAACUGGGGAUGAUGAAACUCCAACCAGACGGCUCCCUUGCAGAAAUAAACGACCUUCGAAUUCCAGAGAACACCCAGACUGUCAAAUCAAUCAGCAACACUACCACAGCUCGCCAGCAGACACAGAAAAUCGUCGGAAAAUACAAAAGGGUAUUUCAGGGUAUCGGCCUGAUCCGAGAUGUCAAGAGCGACACAGACAUCUUCGCAAAAUUCAACAUGAAGCCAGAAGCAGCACCAGUAGCCCAGAAACCGAGACCUGUAGCAUACUACCUCCAGAAACCAUUAAAAGAAUGGUUAGACCAGUGCAUCAAGGAAGGCAUCUUUGAGGAAGUUCCCCCAGGCGAGCCAGUGACAUGGUGUUCCCCACUCGUGGUGCAACCAAAGCCACGAUUCGGACAGACGCCGAGAGAUGAGCUACAACCACACAUGAUCAGAGCCAGUGUCGAUCUACGCGUCCCAAACAAAUUCAUGGAGAGGAACAGGAUCACCCAAGGGCCUGUGGUUGAAGAUUUCAUGUACAAGUUCCAUGACUGCAAAGUCUUCUCUAAACUUGACAUGAAACAGGGCUAUCACCAGCUCCUACUAGACCCAGAAUCGAGAGGCAUAGCAACCUUCAGCACACCUCGGGGCAAUCUGCGUCCAAGACGAUUAGUCUUCGGUGCCAAAGCAUCCCAAGAUCUCUUCGAUGAGACUAUCUUCAAAAUAUUUGGGGACAUCCCAAAGAGCCUCAACCAGCGAGACGACAUUCUCUUGGGAGGGCGUAACAUCGAAGAACACGACAAAGCGUUGCAAGCAGUCUUGCAAAGAGCAGCUGACUUUGGCAUUACCUUCAACCUUGACAAAUGCCAGUUCGGAGUUGAGGAGAUUGAGUUCUAUGGCUACAAGUUCACAAAGGAUGGACUCAAGCCGACUCAAUGGACAAAGUUCGAGCAAUCAAAGAGAGCAAGGCCCCAGAGUCCAAAGAAGCUGUGA